AUGGCCAGCGUACAACCACACUACACCCACGGGGACAUUCGCGACGAUGAAUCGAUCCUCGACGACGACGUGAUUGAAGCUGAUGAUGCCAUCGAAGCCGACGACCCCCUCCAUGACACCUCCGACACCGCCCCUCUCCGCGGAAACAUCCAACCCGAAGCCUCGUCGAGCUCCGCCCGCGGCGGCGGCCGGAGUAACUUCUCCAGCAACUACCUGACGUCCACGAUUGGCGGCGAGGACCGCCGCGCGACACAAAGCACCAUCGACGAGACGGUAUGGGAGACGCUGUCGCGCGACUUGCGGGCCGUCUGGGAGAAGAUGCGCCAGGUGUUGUGGCCUAAGUACCUCAUUGGGGGCAUGUUGCAGCGCGGCGGGGGUGGUAUUGGUGCUGCGGAGAGAGGUGAGGCUACGGGCUUUGGGGGUGGGCUGAGGAACAUGGUAGGACGCUGGCCGGAUGCCGAUGUUGUGUUGCAGGGUGGGAUGAGUGAGGGGUUGAGGGAUUGGGAUCUUUGGGGUCCCUUGAUCUUCUGCCUCCUGCUGAGUAUGUUCUUGUCAAUGCGCGCCAAGGAUGAGCAGUCGUCGCUGGUGUUCUCGGGCGUCUUCUCUAUCGUGUGGAUUGGAGAGGCGGUCGUGACGUUGCAGAUUAAGUUGCUUGGUGGAAAUAUCUCGUUCUUCCAGUCGGUUUGUAUCAUCGGAUACACGCUCUUCCCUCUGGUUAUUGCCUCUCUGCUCAGUGCCUUUGGCCUCCCGACUAUUGCGCGCAUACCGGUGUAUCUUGUCCUGAUUGCGUGGUCGCUGGCGGCGGGCGUGAGUAUCCUGGGUGGAUCGGGCGUGUUGCGCAACCGGGUCGGCAUUGCGGUAUACCCGCUGUUUGUGUUUUAUAUUGCGAUCGGGUGUCUCUGCUUUAUCAGUUAG